UCAUUAUAUGUUGGGCAAAGUUGAGACAUACACCUAUUUUUUUCUUUUUUCAUUAUGUACACCAUACCUGUCUCUAUAUGGAGUAAUUUUCUUAUUAUAUGGCGUGUAAGUAUUAUUGAACUGUCUUGAACAUAUACUUUUACAUUAGUUUUAUUGAAGCUGUUCCAUAGCGUAGGCAGUGUAAUUUGUGCUCAUUUGGUAUGUGGUGUUUAUUUUCCAUGCAUAUCUGAUUUUACUUACAGCUUAGAUUAGUGUAGUAGCAUAUUUUCGUCAUGGACACAAUUAUUUGAUACUAUUAUGUGUAUUUGGUAUUGUUAUAAUAUUUUAUAUAUAACAACACAGUAAAGAUUACAAUCUAAAGCAUACUAUUCUGCAAUAUUCUCAUUUAUAUACAUAUCAUUUCUACAAAAAUGUUGCGUUUCCUUAUCUCAAAUUAAAGUUUGUACGAAUCCACUUCAAACUCAUCCAAAUCGAAAUUUUCAACGAUAAAGAAGAAGUCGUUAAAUUCCUAAGCAAGAGCAUCCCUAAGUUAUGGCGCCAAACAGACGCCGACUUUAAAAUGCGGCGCAGGCGCACUAGCAGAACGCCUAUCGAUUGUAAACAAAACUCGAGGCGACCGCGUGGUUUGGAUCAGUGUGGCGACGACUCUCGCGAUUGAAGGAGGUAUUGGAAGUGUGUUUUUCCUCUUCCACAUCUUUAAGUUCGAUUAGAGGAAUCGCAGGUUCGCAUCGUUAAUUCUUUACUAAUAUCUUCUAAAGAAGAAACAGAGAAGAACGUAUCGAGCUAUCGACAGAGUCGGCGAUUUCACUUAGCAAUUCGGUGAUCGAGGUUUAAAAGAAAUUGAAAAGAAAUUCCAUCGACAGUCUAUCGAAUUGGCCUACUUCAGAUAUGCAGUUAGUAAGAUACAAGUUAAAUAUGUAUAGAUUCGUGUAAUUGUCUUCUUACCACUCAACGAAUGACGAAGAAUACUCUAACAAGCGAGUUUAAGAGGCGUCUUUGAAGUUCCACUUUGCUCUUUAAUUUUCCUCACUGGUAAACUUUGAUGUUACUUUCGAUCCAAAAAGCGCACAAGAGGAUAACUGGCCUACACGCAGCAACAGGUUUCACAGAGAUUUAUUUCUGUUUUGAGCUGUUCGAUCGAUGAAUCCGAGCAGUUGGACCGUUGCACUGGCUGUUGCUCGCAGCAUAUGUAGCCUGACUUGAAUAAGGGCCCCUGGUAGGACUGCAGGUAGUCUUACAAAAGGGUCCAAAUACAACGUUGUCACAUUUCAUAAGAAACUCAAGGCGGUGGCCUGCGUAACAGCAACAGCGCCCGUCGAAGAGUAAGAUACGAUAAUACAGUACCAAAGGUACAUGAUAACUGCAGCGAUACAAAUAAUGAAGAUCAACAAGCCGAUUUAAGAAAUUGUCGUCAUGAAAUAAUGCUUUAGCGGGAAAAAUUUCAACCGUUUUUUUCUUCGGCAUAGUUCCCAUUUACAUAGAGGAAAGAAAAAGAUAGGCACGAGCCGAGAAAAUAGACGAUUAGUCGAGAUCAACGAUUGUGGAACAGAGUGAACGAUCCAUAUAAACAAUGAGGUCUCUGAAUCGUUCCAUCAUCGAUCAUAUUGUCGAGACUUCCGCUUGAAGUUACCCGCCAAGCGAUUCAGAUACGGACAUUGCCUGGUUGCGAUUUUGAUACUAUAUAUUACGUGGAAUAUCGAUUGACGCUACUUACGAACCGUAAAAAAGAAAGAGAGUCGUAAAAAAUGUCGCUCACCUCGACAGAGGUUUGGAACGAAACCUUGUCAAUAAUGAAUUCGACACUGAACUCGACGCUGAACUCGACGCUGAAUUCGACGCUGAAUUCGACGCUGAAUUCGACGCUGAAUUCGACCCUAAUAUCCAACGUUGUUCUGAAUCCAUCAAAAAGACACGUGACUUUCGCCUCUCAGGUGGUACUCACCCUUGUAUAUAUUACCGGCGUAAUUGGCAAUGUGUCUGCUCUAGUCAUACUUUUUCAUCGAGAUAAGAGGAGAAACCGAAAACAUUUGGUGAUGCUGCGUUGUUUGGCCAUCAACGACCUGGUCGCAUUGUUAGGGAUGAUGGUGCAAAUGUACAUCACGAUCUAUGUAGGCAGUGUGAUGUCUACCAGGGGGUUUUGUUCCCUUCGGGUGGUAUGGAGGCUCUUCGGUUUAUUCAGUGGUUGCGUAGCCAUCGUAAUGGCAGCUGAGAGGUGGCUAGCCUUGACCAGACCCUUCGUUUAUCAGAGGCAGGUGACAUACCCAGCAAUUGUACGUUGCAUGCUAGUGCUCUGGUUAAUCGCCCUGGCGUUGACAAGCAUGCCAGUUAUGGGUUUUGGCGUGUAUUACAAAGGCGAACGAUGUAUUCGAUACAGAGAAGCCACCGAUCCAACUGAUAUCGCCUACGCGUAUGUUUGGUUCGUUUUCGGUACGGGUCUCUGCCUAUCGAUAGUUUGGUGCAAUUUGGCGGUUUCUAGAGCGCUUAGUAGGCUAAAUCACAAAACUGGGCUGCUCCGACGAGUGACGAGAUCUUCUUCAAGAGCGAAACCACUUUUGUCAACGUCAGGACCAACACCAGAAAUCGUCACUACCGCGGAGGAAAGGGCAUUCGCAAGAUUAAUGGCCGUACUAUCAAUAUCGUUUGUUGUCUGUUGGAUGCCACAAAUGAUUUCCAUCCCAUUGGCACAGUUCGCAAUGCAAUUACCUCAGAAGGCGCUAUUCGCGCGAAAACUGAUUCGUAUGUUUCACCUGGCGGCCGAUGUUCUUCUUUGUAUUCAUUUCACCCUGGAUCCGUACAUCUACGUACUAUUGAGAAUGCCACGGCCACGAUUCCGCCUUCUGAAACCCCUUUGCAAGAUCUGUUGGCCAGUAAGAAGCCGGUCGAGUUCGUUCAAUGCUGAUGAAGAACUUUUGGCAGAAGUAGUAUUCUCCUAUCAGCUUAGGCUGAUGUUGAUGAUCCGUACGAUUGAAAUGGAAUCUCUAACACCUGACAGGUACCACAGACCACCAGAGCAGCAGUGGUGAUCCGUCGAACCCGAUCACCGAGGCACCCUCCAUGCCCGUCAGCGAGGAACACGAUCCUCAUUUAGUGGCGGUGCCGAUCUGAGAUAGGCUUCGGCGAAUGAUCUUCCUGAAACGGCUCAAUAGUCACGAUGUUAGGCAGGCUUGAGCUGCACGCUCUUCGAGAACGUUGGAAGAUCUUCGCUUGGUAUAUACACGAGUAACCGCGCUACGAACUUUCAUCGAAUAACUGGCGAAUCCAUUGCUUUGAACUGGAAUCGAUAUCGAGCAAAAUUAUGAAAAAAAUUCGAUGUUACGAAAUUACGAUCAUUGUGUUGGCAAUUAGGAGAAUAUUUAAAAUAAUUUCGAUUAUUAACUAAAAUAUUUUAACCAAUAAUAUCUCAUCAAACGCCUGGCAAACCUAUUACCUUCAGUUGGCAUCGAUAUCGAUCGAAAUAUCGAAAUUACGAAGAAAUUGUACGAUUUUUAUUUUGCUUAACGAUAGAAGGAUAUUUAAAACAAAGGAAAGUUUGAGUAUGAAACUAUUUUCGUUUUAGAUAUCUUCAAUAUCAUGAGAGUGAGUAACUGAGGAAUAAAUCUGAUUAAUUGAGAUUGAUACCUCGCUCAUUUUUCGUGUACAAUUUGCACAUUUUCAAUGUUCAUACAUUUCCUGUACAGUUUUCGUGUUAUUGUACAUGGUACAUUUUACGGAAAAUUUUAAUCGUUGUAAUUUUGGAUAUUUUAAUAUUCUGAUUACCUAAUUAAUUUUUUAACUGUUUUGUAAAAAAGGUAUCGCGCUUUAUAUAUCAAGGGAAUUUAAUGGGACUACAUGAAAAUAUGACAGAUGUUGAUAUUCUUAUUUUCUGUUUUAUUUUUUUUUCUUAUAUAUAUUGUUGAAUUUUAUUAGAGAAGUGAGUAAACAGCAUUCCAAAAAAUUAUUAUGGCACAUGGUGCGUGUAUCGUAUUAAUGGAUGUACAUUAUAUGUAUAUUAAAAUAAAGCUUCAAAAUGUUAUAGAAUACCCGGCAAAAUAUGUAAGACUCUACUCGUUUGCAGUCUGCAAGUGAGAGUGAGUGUUGUUUGUUCGGUGUACUUUUUUAACCCGGGUAUUUUGCGAGAAAUGUAAAAAUUCGCUUCAAAUUGUCUAUAAAAAGAAAAAUAUACACAUAAGAUAAUAUAUAAUAACAAGAAGAGUAGUUAAGUGUAUCAAGAACUAUAUUCUAAGUAAGUAUAAUAAAGUAAGUAAACAAGAAAUGAUCGCAAUGAAAAUUUCGACAUAUGCUUCUGGUAUAGUUGCGUAAAUAUAUGUCUAGUCAAUAAAUUAAUGCAAGUGUGCAGUAGUUACAAAAUGAAUGCAAUGAACCGACAAUUUACCAAAGCAUUAAAUACAAAGCGUAUUUUCAUCAUACAAUGUACUUCCUUAUAAAAUUUAAAUAGAACUUGAGAGAGAAAUAUAUAUAUAUAUAUCUUUCUUUUCUUCAAGAUAUGACACUGAUGGAAAUACUUAUCGCAUAUAAAUAGAUUAAUCAGUAGUCUCGUGCUUUAUACUUAACAAACAAUAAGUUGGUACUUCAUUAGAGGAAGCCGAUGUAACCUAUAGCGAUAAAUACUUUAUCACCUUCUAUUGUAUCAAUAUAAUUAUAUUAAUACAUUUUAAUUACUUCUUUUUUGUAAUAAAUUUGUUUAACAAAUUUGUUUUUUUGUGAACUUUGUAUCACUAUAAAUACUCAGUAUUAAUUCUUAGAGAUCACUUUAGAGAUUUAGAAACGGUUUUCUGUGUUUCUGAUAUCCGAUAGAAAAAAUACAUAUUUUCAAUUCUCAUAGGAAAUAAAUGUUAAUAAUUACAUGUGAUGACAUUUAAAAUGUAAAAUUGAUGGCUUGUCUGAAUCUGUCUGGUGCUACGAUAUGUGAGGAUUAAUAUUUGAAUAUAAAAAUUCAAGUAACUGAAUAAAUUAAUAUUCGUGAGUUACUAAGUGCCAGUUUUAUCGAUUUUACAUCUUAGAUUUCGAAUAAGAUCUUACUUAACUUCGCUAUUAUUAAUAAUAAAUAAAAAAGUAUAAUUUCAAACAAGUGAUAAUCAGCAAUGUGCGUGUAGGAGACAACGAAAUAACGAAACGAGUGGAAAGGAAGGAAUACAUAUAAUACAAAUAUAUUUUAUACGCAAUUACGUAUCUCUUGCUUCUAGACACUUAACAACAUUAAUCAAUAACUUACGGGACGCGAUCGUUGCUGAAUACAUGACAUCUUUCUUCCUUUUUUUUAUUGCACACUAGAAAUAUACCACAGUUGCAUUCGUACACAGUAUCAAUCGCGAUACGUCUGGCGUACUUUCACGUACCUUAAGUAGCUACAAUAAAUAAUAACUUGACUUUUUAAUUCCACGCUCGUCUCCCACGUUUUACGCGUCGAUCAAAGAUCUAUCUACGUUCGUUCGAUCGCUACGUUCAUGUUCGCUACGAGAUAAACAAAAAUACACAGAGACGAUCGUAACGAAAUUUCAUAGAAUUUGUAAAUAUUCCUUGUUGACUAACAACACGUUGACUAACAAAAGAUCGUCUACGCUUCCAGUACACGCAGUUGCAUCUCUGACCAUCGCACCCCAUACGAUUCUAGUUCACCAUCCAUCACAGGCACACGCGUCAACGACAGUUAGAACGAUAUGAUUGCACGCGUUGUCUCGCGAAAAGAUCGAUACUUUUCAAUUCGCGAAAGGGCGCAAAGUCCAAGGCAAAUAUUCACGAUUCUCUCGUCUUUCUUUUUCACUUCUUUUGUUCUAGCCUUCUCACACAAUCGAGCUCAAUCGCAUGCAAACAUGUAUAUACGUUUCGGCUACGAUAAUAGAAAUCACACCGAUAAACAAAAUAUAAGCCCGUACGCGGUCAACAAUUUUUAUUAGCAACAGAUUGCAUAGUUGGUGGAAGAGAUAUAAUAAGGUCAUAAAAUUGGACAGCUAUUGAUAUGUACGUUCUGAGAACUAAAAGAAAUGAAAUUUAAGGAACAUAAGAAAGAACAAGGCGUUCGAUAGCUGGUUCAAGACCAUCGGAUUAGAAUUUCUUCAUUUUUUCUAAUAUGAUAGAAAAAGUUUUAGGAGAUUUUGAGAAUUUCAAGAAUUCGGCUUUUAUGGCUUCAAUUCUAUGUUACCGGGAUUAUUUCGAGUUUAUCUAGAAGGAAUUAUGUUUCGACGUUUCACCAGCAUUAUAAUUAUGCUAUGCAGAGGUUCAAGUGACGCAUGAGACUGUCGUGUGUCUUGUAGUACAAAGAGUAUAUAUAAUAUAUAAUAUAAUGACCAUGUUACCGUUGAUCACCAAUCAAGUUUCAUAUAAUUGAUCAGCUAAACAAUUAAAAAAAUUUUGUACAGAAUACAAUCUAGAAAACAGGUUGUAAAAAUAUAUAAUUUGCUGUUUUGCAUAUAGUGCACACAUUUCAUAUAAAUAUUUUAGAUAUCAAUAUAAAAGUAACUUUUAUAGUCUGAGAUUCAGGACAUUUUUAUAAGAUGCAUACCGCUAUAUGUUUGAUUAAUAUUUUAAUUUACGACCUCGUUAUAUCAAUUCUAACAUCUAUGCCUUGCUUUCGAGCGAUAGGCUUGCGAACAACAAUUUAUCACACAUACAGGUAUGUCGAUAAUUAUAUACACAUCAAAAAGAUGUCUCUAUUUCUAUGAUAGUAGAGCGAAUCUUGUAAUUGUUUUUCGGUUCGAGCCGGUUGUGGGAGAUCGAAAAUCAAGGCUCUAAUGCUUCCUGCGAAAUGUCGUAUCAAUAUCAUUGAUUGAAUAUAAUGGUUAUGUGUAGGGCUAACAUGAUUCAUUAUAUUGUGUUCUUUAAAAUUAUGCGACUCAGUCUUGAAGCAUUUUGAAGCAUCGCCGGCUCUUCCAUCAAAAUGAUACAGCCCUCAGAAACAUUCACUCCAAUAAUCUUUUACUUUUUUUAAAUAUAAUUUUUGUCUCUUUUUUGCAUAUGUUAUAGAUAUAAUUAGACAACGCAUUCAUACAAUUUCUUUCAAUUUUCAUAAUCGAAGGAUAACAAUUUUUAUUUUUUUUUUUUUAAUUUUCUGCUAUGACCAAACGCCGUCAUAAAAGUAUAAUAAUACUCUGAAUAUCUCACCUUGGCUCCGCGAGAAAUCUAAAAUUCGUAAAAUGAAUUCAAGGAAGAUUAGAUAACAUACAAUCGAGUAUUUUGAAAGAGACAUCCGAAGCUGUAAAAUGUCCUCGGUCCUGAUUAAAAACGAAUCAUUGCGAUAAAGGCGAGGAUUUUAUAGUUACGACUUCGGUAUCUAUGAAACUAAUCAACGUGCGAACAUUCGCGCAAAAAUAAAAU